CAACAAGGGAGAGCUUCUGCAUUUGGCCGUAGCCAGGCGCUUGACUCUCAGACUCGGCGCAUCGCAUCUCUGCGGCCCUCCUCAUCCGUGAAUGCCCGCGUGCGCGGCAACACUCCCUUCCUCAACUCGGAGCGGCAGCCAAGAGCCUCAACAGCAUGGCUCCUUCUCAUUACCCCAGUAAUCUGGGACAGGUUAUCGAGUAUAUUCCUGAUCGCCUCUACCUCGCAUCCUACGUCGAAACCCCCGAUGCCAACACCCUCUUCCCCUACCCCAACCCGCCUCCGCGUUCGCCAAGCAAGAGAUCGCAACGAACUGUCGAGUCCCCGGCUCCCACCGUGAACCAGAGACAACCCUUUUACUUCACUGUGGACGACAGCCUCCUGUACAACGCCUUUCACCAUGACUUCGGCCCGCUGCACAUUGGCCACCUUUACCGCUUUGCCCUGCAGUUCCACGAGAUUUUGGGCGCCAAGGAGAACAAGGACAGGCCUAUUGUCUUUUGGAGCAGGGCGGACCCUCGCAGCCGCGCCAACGCUUCUUGCUUGCUGGCAUGCUACAUGGUGCUCAUCCAAUCGUGGCCCCCCCAUCUCGCUCUCGCCCCCGUCGCCCAAGUCGACCCGCCGUUGAUGCCCUUCAGAGACGCCGGCUAUAGUCAAGCAGACUACGGCAUUACCGUGCAGGACGUUGUCUAUGGGGUUUGGAAGGCGAAGGAGGAGGGCUGCUGUCUUCUCGAGAGCUUCGACCUCGACGAGUAUGAGCGCUUUGAGCGGGUUGAGCAGGGCGACUUCAACUGGAUAACCCCCCACUUCCUCGCCUUUGCUUCGCCGCAGAGCAACCCUUCUGCUCGGACCAUUGAGGGAACCGAAGCAUGGCAGGCGUUGCCAAAGACCCUGGAGGCGGUGGAUGCUCACCCGACACUGGCGCAACCCUUCAAGAACGUACUGAGGCAUUUCACUGAGAGGAACAUUGGCCUCGUGGUGCGUCUGAAUUCCGUCCUCUACGAUGCCUCGUACUUUGAGGCGCUUGGCAUCCAGCACAUCGACAUGAUCUUCGAAGACGGCACCUGCCCACCCUUGUCUAUGGUGCGCAAGUUUAUCCGCAUGGCGCACGACAUGAUCACGGUUAAGAAGAAGGGGAUUGCCGUCCACUGCAAGGCCGGUCUUGGCCGCACCGGUUGCUUGAUUGGUGCCUACUUAAUCUACCGCCACGGUUUCACCGCCAACGAGAUCAUCUCGUACAUGCGCUUUAUGCGCCCCGGCAUGGUUGUCGGCCCUCAACAGCACUGGCUCCACCUGAACCAGGGCACCUUCCGGGAGUGGUGGGUGGAGGAGCGUCUGGAGCGAAAGCUGCGCAAAGAGGCAGCUCUCGCUGCGGCAACUGCGCUAGCCAACGGCAGCCACCAGCCCAGCACGCCCAUCCGUGCCAUGCAAAAGACGCACCUUGGCCGCAGCGCUAGCAAGACCGCAACGUCGACGCCACCCAACAGGGGCACUGCCCGGACACCCCUUGGGGAAAUCGAGCAGGAACAGGCACGUGAUAACAACAUCGGCGUGCAAGAGGACUACCUCCCCGCGCCAACACCGGGCCAGCCACGGAAAACUCAGCGGGGUGGCGUUGACCGUCACCAUCCGUAUAGUCGCAGCACCAACGCGGUAUCAACCGUCGAGGAGGAGACCGGUACAGAGCCAGAGGUGCAUCUCGCACAAGGAAACGAAUCCGACGAGGAGUGGAACCUGCGCAUGCGCUCCCGUCGCAAGGCCUCCGCCUCGCUCUCGCCAGAACGCAGGGAACGGUCAGUCAGCCAUCAAACAACGACGACGACAACCACCAUCUACCAUGUCAUCGACAAUGACGCGUCGAACGAUAUCGAGAACAUCUCCAUCACUGCCCUCAAGACAAAGUCUUACGACCAAGUCCAGCGCGCCACCUCGGCCUCGGGCGUUCUGACCAAGGUCCGCGGAGCUAGCAGCAGCCCCAAGCGUGCCGCCGCUGGUGGCAGUGUUCGGGAAGCUGGUGUUCGCAAGACCAGCGGACGGGUCGGCAGUGUUGGAAACGUCUCACCGUCCGCAGCCACCGCGCGGAAGGUGAGCGGGGUGCAUUAAAGCUGACCCUACACUGUGGUUUUUGCUUUCUACGCCGCGCCGCCUAUCUUACGACACAACCGACGUUGACGAGUUACGAC